UCGGCCCUUUGAUAUAGUAAUAUAAUAAAAGUGAUCUGGCAAGCGGCGGGGCUUCUUUUUCCUCUCUCUUGCGGGGAUGAGUUGCCAGUCCUUCACUUCGGCUGAUACCUUUAUACCUCUGAAUUCUGAUGCUUCUGCAGCUCUGCCUCUGAGAAUGCAUCACAGUGCCGCUGAGUGUCUCCCAGUCUCCAACCAUGCCACCAACGUGAUGUCCACAGCGGCAGGACUUCACUAUUCUGUGCCUUCCUGUCAUUAUGGAAACCAGCCAUCCACCUAUGGAGUGAUGGCAGGUAGCUUAACCCCUUGUCUUUACAAGUUUCCAGACCAUACCUUGAGUCAUGGAUUUCCUCCCCUGCAUCAGCCUCUCCUGGCAGAGGACCCCACAGCCUCUGAAUUUAAGCAGGAACUCAGGCGGAAAAGUAAAUUGGUAGAGGAGCCAAUAGACAUGGAUUCCCCAGAGAUCCGACAACUUGAGCAAUUUGCCAACGAAUUUAAAGUGAGAAGAAUUAAGUUAGGAUACACCCAGACAAACGUGGGCGAAGCUCUGGCUGCUGUGCACGGCUCAGAAUUCAGUCAAACAACCAUCUGUCGAUUUGAAAACUUGCAGCUCAGUUUCAAAAACGCAUGUAAACUGAAAGCGAUUUUAUCCAAGUGGCUGGAGGAAGCUGAGCAGGUCGGAGCUUUGUACAAUGAAAAAGUGGGAGCGAAUGAAAGGAAAAGGAAACGGAGAACAACUAUCAGUAUUGCGGCCAAGGAUGCCUUGGAGAGACACUUCAGCGAGCAGAGCAAGCCUUCCUCCCAGGAGAUCAUGCGGAUGGCUGAAGAGCUGAAUCUGGAGAAAGAAGUAGUAAGGGUGUGGUUUUGCAACCGAAGGCAGCGAGAAAAACGGGUGAAAACGAGUCUCAAUCAAAGUCUGUUCUCUCUUUCCAAGGAGCACCUUGAGUGCAGAUAA